AUGGUCAGGGGCAAAUCUACUGGGAUUUCUUUUUUCUUUGAACCUGUUUUUGAAACUCUCCUUAAUUUCAGAAAUGAUUCACCAUAUGGCAUGAGAAUGUUAAGGAAUGUUAAUGUUAGUAUUAAGGAAUGUGAAUGGGUUAAGUCCAUUGGUGAGGAAAGAAUUGGCUCCUUCUGACUCAUUUCUGAGAUGCUCCUGCCGGAAUCUCCUGACUUCCUUAUCAGUGUUUCCAUGUAUAUCUGUGUAUAAUUUGGCUCAGAUUAUGGUGAUGGAUCAUAGCAGAACUGUGGAGUUAUCUGAUGCAAAGAGCUUGUCUGAGAAGAAAACUUGGAGACAGGGUGGAUUUGAUUUAAAUCACUAGUCAGUAAGACUUGAUUUAAAUCACUAGUCAGUAAGACUUGAUUUAAAUCAUUUUUUUACAGAAAGACUCAUUCUUGCUGGUAUAAUCUUAAUAUUUACAACCAGAUGAAGGUUUCAUUUUUGGAAUAAUAAAUUUUCAGAGUAGUUUUUACAGUUAUAUCAAAAAUUACUGAUUUGAUUAUACUAUUAGAAAUACAUAAAUAAUUAUGAAAUUAUUGUGAGGUUUAAUAAGUUAACUGUUUAUAUUUGGACAACUUUUCUGCUAUACAUUAUUGGAAGGAGAAAAAUAAUCAUUUCCUUAAUAACAAUUUAAACAAUUUAUUUAAUUAAAACAAUAACAUUAUAGCAUAUGUAUCCAUGUUUGUUAACUGAUGUGGUUAAAUGAUUUUUUUUAAAAAAAAACUUAGACUGAGUUUUAGCACACAUGAAAAACUUUAAACAAAUCCUUAUUUCCUGAUGAAUAGCCUUUGGACUCUAAUGUAACUUAAAUAGAAAGCUAUCUUUAGAAAGAUUUUUCCUCCAAAAGCAUUUUAUUUUAAAAAUCCAAUUUAAAAUUUAAAAAUCUGAUUUUUUAAUUAUUAUUUUUAAAAAUCAUUGGUUUUUAUCCACCCUGCUUGGAGAACUGACAAGCUUCAGGACAAGAGAGCUCCAAUCUGUUGCAGGGCUAUAAGCAAACGGACUUAAAACUUGCAUGUGGACUUUGUUCAACAAGGACUUUGGAGUACAGAAAGCCCCUGUGGGACCAAAGAGAGAAAAGCCUUCAUGUAACCUGUAUUAUCAUGUGUAAAUACAGAGUGUGUGUUCUGUGCAUGCCAAGUAAAACAAUUCUGCUUAAAAACAAUUGUUUCAUGUUGGCGAUCUUAAUUACUUUGCUGACGCUUCUGUUGCGCACACAGAUACAUAUCAGGGAACACAUAUCAUCUUGAGCACAUGAAACCACAUGAAACCAGUUGCAUUGGCUCCUGGCUAUUUUCUUUUCAAAUUAUGCCCAGCUUUUUCCAGCACUGCAGCUGUCACUGCCAUUGUGGCACAGCAGCAUCAGCCAAUGCAUUCUUUGGAGGCUAGAUCUGCUGCCCCUGUGAAUCCUCACCUUGCCUCAUGGGUGGGCCAGCCCUGUCCCACAGGCAUCUGGGUGGCCACUGUGAGAACAGGAUGCUGAACUAGAUGGGCAACCAGUCGUGACCGACUCUGGGGUUGCGGCGUUCAUCUCGCUUUAUUGGCCGAGGGAGACGGCAUACACCUUCCGUGUCCUGUGGCCAGCAUGACUAAGCCGCUUCUGGCGAACCAGAGCAGCGCACGGAAACGCCGUUUACUUCCCGCGGGAAUGGUACCUAUUUAUCUAUUUGUACUUUGAGGUGCUUUCGAACUGCUAGGCUGGCAGGAGUAGGGACCGAGCAACGGGAGCUCACCCCGCGGGAAUUCGAACCGCCAACCUUCUGAUCGGCAAGUCCUAGGCUCUGUGGUUCAACCCACAGCGCCACCCGCGUCCCUUUGGAUUCACUUACUUAGCUCAAAAUGUAACUGCAAAACUUCGAAUACCACCCCAGCAAUUUAGCUCUAUGAGCCUGGGCUCAAUGGAUGCGGGCAAAGCCUCACUCCUGUCAGCAAUUGUGCUGCAGCAUUACAGCGUUCCAGACUAGCUGCAGCAUCCAGGGCAAGGGCAAGGGAAGCCCCACAUAGAGCGCAUUGCUGCAACCCAGCCGACCCUCUGCUCCUACGUUUGCAUGUGUAGAGUCUGAGGUUUCUUCUUCACAAGCUACAAAAUACGGGAGAAGUUGUCGCCAAGGUGUAGGAAGGCGGCACGGUAGCAGCGCCGGCUCUCCUGGCCCCCUCGGAGGCAGCUGAGAUUAGCCGGUAGCCGACUAAGAAGGGCGGGGGCUGCACACAGCCCAGGAAAUCGCUGCCUCUUUAACAACCGCGGCCCUUGGCCGGAGGGGAGGAGACGGGAGCAGCGGCGGGGGAGUGGGUGGGACCUUCCCGGGGCGCGUGCGCUGGCGAAGUGCUUUAUAGCCCGGGACUGCAGCUUGUUGUGGGACGAGGUCGUCUGCGCAGCCGGAGGAGCGUCGCCUGCGGUAAGGCGAGAGGCUUCAGGCAGGCGUGCGCGCGCGGGCGGCUCGGGCGACUGGGGGAGAGACAGAGAGAGAGAGAGAGAGAGAGAGAGAGAACACGGGCAGAACUUGGCCCCUGACGCAUUUGGCCGCAAGCAGCACAGGGAGGAGCGCCGCCUCGGGGGUCCUUCUGGCUGAUCGGGGCGCGGAGGGGUGGCUGGGGAAAUGCGACGCUCGGACGAGGGUCCCCUGCUGGGCUGCAGCGCGCGCUGUAGGCCGGGGACUUGGACGGCCGUCGGGCAGCUCUUGGAAGCGCCGGCUCUCUUGACGUCACCGCUUCCUCGUCGCCGAAGCGCAGCUGCGCUCGGCCGAAAUGGUGGCAAAACGGGUCCUGGCGUCGCUGCGGUUCCGGAAAGGGUGGCAGCGGGGGAACUCCUCUCCAUAGGAUGCAGACCGACUUGCAUGACAGCUAGUCGCGAGCACCUCCGUGAGGCCGAAUUCUAGAGCAGACGUCAAGGUGGGCGUUUCCUAACGUCGCUAUCAUCUUCUUUCUUCUUCUUUGGCGAUCACUCGUAGCUGAGUAAGAUUGUCUUCCAUAAACACAAUUUUAACAAUGAGUCCGUAAGUGACUGUGGAGGCCAAUUCUGGAUCCACACGUCCUUCCACAGUGGGGACAUUGGUUUUCGGGUGGGAGUAGAUCACGUGUGGAUUUGCCAAGCCUGCCUUCCUCCUAGCACGUUUCUCCCUUGCGACCUGAGUUCGAGUGUCUUCAAAGCCCAUGAUACCUUUAAUAAAGGCUGUUCUCCAACUGGAGAGCUCGCAGGCAAGUGUUUCCCAAUUGUUGGUGUUUAUACUACAUUUUUAAAAACUUGCCUUAAGACAGUCUUUAAACCUCUUAUGUUGACCACCAGCAUUACUUUCCAUUUUUAAGUUCGGAAUAGAGUAGUUGCUUUGGAAGACGGUCAUCAGGCAUCCGCACAACAUGACCAGUCCUACGAAGUUGAUGUUGAAGAAUCAUUGCUUCAACACUGGUGAUCUUUGCUUCUUCCAAUACACUAGUAUUAGUUCGCCUGUCUUCCCAAGUGAUAUGUAAACAUUUUUGGAGACCCCGUUGAUGGAAUCUUUUGAGGAGUUGGAGAUGGCGUUUAAGCUUGUGAAACAUGGAUCACUUAUAAUGUUAAGAUGCUUCUAGCAAGGGAUUGUUCAACCCUUGGGAAAUCGCUUUUUAUGAGGUAGAGCUUAUCUAUUCCAGGCUCAGCCCAAAGAGGUCUUUGGGCAAAAGUAGGCUUUAUUUGACAAACCAAGGAUUCUUGGCUGGGAUACAGUUAAAGUGAAAUACUUUGUUGGUUCCUUUGACUUCAGUUGUGUAGCAAUUUCUUCUUUUAAUGCGGGGGGGGGGGGAUUACUUACGCAGAUGGUGGUACGCAUGUAUGUCCUGAAAGGGAAGCAGGCUGUGGGUAGCUGGAAGCUAUAUCAUGUAGUGUCAGUUUCUCAGCUUUUGGCAUAUUGUAGACAGCAACAAUGACCAAAACAGUCUACUAAGACCUCACAUCCAAAAAACUGUGUGUACGAUUGCACUUGCUCAAGUUUCUUGAGUUGAUCAAAAGUGCAUAAUUUUGACUGGAUUGAACCAAGUUGGUCCCUCCAGAAAGCAUGAGUAGUAAACCAAAUAACACCCAUAAUUUAUACAUGGUGGUAGAUUGCAAAGAUUCAAAUGGAUUUCUGUAAAACACACCCACGUCUUUGUCACUCUACUGUGUCUCUAAAAGUAGCAGAACUUGAAAAGCCGUUUUGCAGUCUGAGGAAAAGUGAGAAGGUUCUUGUAAUAAUUGAGACAGCAGGCAGUAUAUCAGUAAACAUUUAGGCAGCUUGGAAGCACUUACUGCUGAAACCCAGGACAUUUUUAUUUGUGGUUAGUAGAUGUAUUCAGGGCUACAUGAGCACACAUUGAAUUGAGGCCAAGAUGCAUGAGCCUCUGGUUGGCCAUAUCUCGCAAGCUAAUCCAAAUAUAAUUAAGUGAAAGAAUGAAAGAAUAUACAGUAGACCCUCUGGAUAUGGAUUUCAUUCGUUCCGAGGGACCAUGUGCACCCCGAAAAAUCUGUAAGCAGCACGCAGAGCACUUCUGCCCAUGAGAAAGCAGUGAAACCCGGAAAAAUACUUCCAGGUUUGCCGCUUUCGCAACCCGAAGAUUAUGUCUCCAGAGAGGUACGUAACCCGAGAGUCCACUGUAAUGAAAGACUGGAUCAAAAACUAGAGCUGCUGAGUUGCUAAUCUGUUCAUAGUUAUCAAAAGAUAUAUUAAUGGACAUAAUUCUGUUGACCUUUUGGAGAUGCUUUGUGGUGGGAAGUUUCACUUGGAUCCAUGGGCGUAGCCAGGAUUUUUAUUGGGAAGGGCAGGGCUUUUGUUUCGGGGGGUGCAGAACCAAAAUGAUUGGUAAGUUAGUUAAAUAUUUCUAUUGUUUUACUUGAUCUAGGGGGGCAGCUGCGCCCCCUUGGCGCUACGCCCAUGCUUGAAUCCUUUUUGGGUUCUUUUAUCUGUGUUGCUCAAAUCCUUAUGUGGCCCCCUUCAGUCAUAAGGGCUAAAAAUUUACUGUUAAAAACUGAAGGCACAGGCUUUCUGCCACUUCGUUUAUUAGAUCUUGUGUUUGUGCAGUUUGCAAUGCAGUUCUUAUUAAGAAGAGCAGAUCACAAUCCUCUCUUUUCCCAAGCUUUUAAAAACUGCAUGACAAUCAGGAAAACAGCAGCUUCAGCUUUUCUCUACUUUUCUAUGCUGGGAAAAGUAUUGGUUGCUGACAUUGCUACCUCUUCUAGCAGUAUUGCUGUCCAUCACACUUCUGUCCUGCCUUUUGCUGUUCCUGCCAACAACAACUUCUGCUCCUGUGGUUCUGUGUGAGCUCACCCCACCCCAUUGCACAGUGUGCUGAUUUCCUCAGUUUCCUCUCUUUUCCUUAGGUCCUUGUUUUCUUUAUGGACUCUUUUCCUACAUUUGUAUUCCUGAUGAUCAUGAAUGUUUCAAUUUACUUCUUUUCCAGCUUUCCUAGACAGCACACACUCAAAAACUUGACAUUUAUUCAUGGCAGUUGAAUCUAACUCAUCUUUUUAAUCACUGAACAGCUAGUUUGAAAUAUAUAUAUAUAUUGUCCAAGAUGAACUUCUUCCUGGAAACACUCAGAGUCAUUGGACUGUCAGUAUAUUUUAUACUGGAGAGUUUCGUCUUAUUAUUCAUCCCUGUGCGGAAGAAGAAUGUGACUGGGGAAAUAGUGCUUAUCACGGGAGCUGGAAGCGGAAUCGGAAGGCUGAUGGCUCUGAAGUUUGCUCGUCUUGGAGCUACAUUGGUACUCUGGGAUAUCAGUGUAGAAGGCAACAAAGAGACAGCCAGACUGGCAAGGAAAAAUGGAGCUGCGAGAGUGCACAACUACACUUGUGACUGUAGCAAAAGGCAGGAGGUCUAUCAAGUAGCAGAUCAGGUAACUUUGUUUUGCAAGUGGAGUUUUAUUUUGCAUAACGUUUUAUCUAGUCCUCAGUUUCACAUAUGCCCAGCAGCAUGUUCAUGUGUUGCAAGAUACAACCAUAAACACAGCUUCACUGUGCUUAGCUGCAUUUGUAUGAAGCCACCAUAUCAACCUGAUACUACCAACCCUUUGGUUUAUUCUUCAUAGCUGCUCCAACUAUUCACUUCUUCAGUCCUUUGAAAGAGUUGGAGCAGCUUAAUAGUGACCCUGAAGGUAAACAGUAAUGAGGCAAACCAGAACAAACGUACCUUCAUUCAGAAUUACGUUUGGCUGUUGUUGGUUUUUUAAUACAUCAUAAUGCAACCAAUGCUUUGAUCUCUUGGGUGUAAUAAUCACCCGUGUGGUAUAGGAGUUGCUGCUAUUAGACACCUUCUCUCGCCACAGGCAACUCAAGGCUUCUGUUACAUUUGUUGUGGAUAUUCUACAUCCAUAGGGUGAAUUACUGUUUUUCCAAUUCCAUGACUGCUUCAUAUUUGGAACUAUUAACCACACUGAUUAGCAUCAUUCCAUUGGGAGGUCCUUGCCCCACCUGGGGAUUACAUAGAAACACAUAAACAGGCAUUUACAGGUGAAGAGAGAGAGAGAGCUCUUCAAGGAAUGUGUGGGAGAGAUUGGUUUGUUCUUUUUCAAGAGUACUAAUGGGAUUAUUUUUUAUUUCACACACCCUGAUGAAUAAUCAAAAGUGAGAAGUUGCCCACAUCAAUUUCUCUGGUUUCGAUAUGUAUGCACAGGGCCAGAAAGUCUCGUAUCUUGGUGUCUAAUCUGAGAGCAGCUUUUUAAUCUCCAGUAGAAGUAUGUUGCUUCACGAGCUACCUGAACCUCUCAGUGGAGGCAUCAAGGACUGGCAAUUUUACAGUGCAGUUCUAUAUACAUAGGCACAAACUAUAUGGGGCCCUGUUCCAUUUGCCAAUAUUUAAAGGGGAGAUAAAAAUUGUGUUGACUGUUUAGAGUUGAACCUUGUACAUGGCUUAGACAAAGGGAUUGUGCCCAGGAAGGCAGUCUAGACAUUGUGCAAUAAAUAAAUGUGUGGGAACUUCUGCAUGCAAAGCCCAUGCCCUCCCUAAGUGAUGUCUCUUGAAACUGCAGUCAUGAAAAUGGUUUUCUUUGCUUUGCUUAUGUUAACUGUGAAAGAAUCCUUAUAGAUGUAGAAUCCAUUGUCACUCUGAAAAUCUACCAAAGUGGUUUGAGGGUACAAUUUAAAGUGGAGAAAUGGUAGCUGUGAAUGUGUUUUCAGUGGACCCUUCUUUCCUCUCUCAAUCCCCUGCUUUCUCUUUCUUGGGAUCUGUGAAGUCAGAGGAUGCCCUGCUAGGGGAAAGAGGAAGGGGGUGGGGGUUCAACAUCCACCUCUAGUUCAAACCACUGCCCAAUACCAGUUCUUACAGUGACCCAAAAUCUAGCUUCAUUUUGCAAAAUAUUUACUUGAAAAAUGGUAAGACAGUUUUAUACCUUAACAUAAAGGAGCUAUAGUGCUUCUAAUUCUGAAGGGGUAGGAGUUUUUAAUUGUAAGAAGCAUUUGAUUCUGGCUUCUUCUUUUUUUAAACAAUAUGUUAAAAGAACUGGCAUGCAAAAAUGGUUUAGAAAAACCAGCCUGAGAACACUGAGGCUUUGUUACAAAAACUGUUAAACCAAGAGAACAACAUCUUGACAAUAUGAAGAAUCAUGCAAAUCCCUUUAUAUGCAGAGUCAUGUACAGACAUUGGUUUUCUCUUUUUAACUAUUAAAAUUUGUCAUAGUUUGAAACAUCCUCUGAUAAGAUGUUGUUGUCCUAGGUGAAAAAAGAAGUCGGUGAUGUUAGCAUCCUGAUUAACAAUGCUGGCAUUGUGACGGGAAAGAAAUUCUUGGACUCUCCAGAUGCAAUGAUACAGAAGUCUAUGGAAGUGAACACAAUGGCACACUUCUGGGUAAUAGCAUUUGUGAUUUAAAAUUUGUGAUUUUAACUAUGAAAGUAUAUUUGCACUUGGAUUGGGCUUUGAUUAGUAAAAUGCAGGCUUGCAGUUGUGUUAACAGAUGCUCCAUCCACGUUUAUCAGAAUGUAAAAUGAGCGCUACUCAUUUCAUGUAUUAUGUACUACGUAAUGCAGGCCUGGUGGAUCAGGCCACGGGCCCCUCUAGUCCAGCAUCCUUUUCUCAGUGGCCAACCAGAUGCCUGCAAGCUUGGCAUGAGCUGUAGUCCAUCUAGUUUAACAAAUCACCUGGACUAAAAGUCAUUUUCUCUGUAAAUGAAAUCUGUGAGUUCAGAGGGAGUAAAAGCACCCUGAUUAAAUCCCAUCAUCUCCUUACAAAGGAUCGGAGAGUAGCCGCAUCGAUGGGAUCCAGGGGAUUUGGGAAAGUGCACAUCUGACAUCCUAACUUCUGUCCCAAGUAACUGGUAGUAAAUAUGAUUAAGAUUAGUAAUGUUUAAACACAUCUUACAUGAGGAUAAACAUGGCCUUGGCAAAGGGAAGUGCUGCCUCACUUUUUUUUUAAAGUAUUUAGACUUCAAUAAAACCCAAAUGACUAAGUCCCUUGACCAAGGCUCUGGAGUAAAUUUAGUCACAGUUUUAAUAGAAAACCCAGUUAUGUCAGUUAAAUAUUUUGUUGUUUUUGUCUAGCACUCGUCAUGCUCUCCUGGUCACUGAGCACCAUAGAUAUAACCAUUUUGGAUUGAAAACUGAGUUUAAAGAACAGGUAGCUGAGAAUAGGAAUAAAUGGACAGUUUCUUUUUCUCAGUGGAAGGAGCUAAGCAGUGAGGGCACCUCAAGAUUUAGUCAGUUUUAAUAGAAAACCCAGUUAUGUCAGUUAAAUAUUUUGUUGUUUUUGUCUAGCACUCGUCAUGCUCUCCUGGUCACUGAGCACCAUAGAUAUAAUCAUUUUGGAUUGAAAACUGAGUUUAAAGAACAGGUAGCUGAGAAUAGGAAUAAAUGGACAGUUUCUUUUUCUCAGUGGAAGGAGCUAAGCAGUGAGGGCACCUCAAGAUAUAGAGCAGACCAGUACUAUUUAGCUUAUUGCUUAAUAAUCUAGAUUAGGGAAUGAGCAGUAAGGUGGUCAGGCUUACACAUGAAACAGUUGUUCACGACAAUGAAGAACUAGGUGGAAAGGAAAUAAAACAUGAUCGGGUGUCAGUAUAAACUGCAGUUAUCCACAGAAGCACUUGAGAAGGAUGCCAUAGCAACAGCCCCUCUUUGCCCUGGCAAGCAUCCACUUCUUCCUCAGACAAGUGGAUGAACUGAUAAGGCUUGCUUGCACAGGCUUUUAAUUAUUGGCACAGAGUCUAAAGGUCUGGAGAUGCAGGUAGCCAAGCACACUUGGGAGUGUGCAAAUCUUUACCAAGCAGGGACUCAGGAUCAAAGUGCACGUUCUAUAAAAGCAUGCUGCUCUGUGUAAUUUGAAAGAACUUUGAAGGAAAAGUAGCCAAGUGGACAAGUAGAAAUUCCUUAGAAGAGCAGCCAAGGCUGCCUUUUACUUGCUCUCUCCCUCUGGGUGGUCCCAGUGGGCUUAUCACUAUACUGGCCCAAGAAGAGGAAAGGGGAUGGGUGGAGCCUUUCAGAGAAAGAGGGCAAAAGGCAGUGGCGAUCAUUCACUUCCCUGUUCUUUGCAGCUGAGAGAGAAGCAAGGAGUAUCCUCCCCCAUCUUCCCACAUGCCCCCUUACUGGGCAGUGGAGUGGGGCCCUGUCUGCUGUGCUCAGGUGAGCAAGUAAGAGGAGGGUGUGCCUGAUCUUUCCAGCGCUGACUCCCUGUGCCUUGACACUGAAAGAGGAAGGAUUAGAGAGCAGGUGAAGGCAGCUGCUUGUUAUUUUUCUCUGGGCAUCACCAUGGCCCCCUUCUUCCUUGCAUGGCUCCCUCCCUGGAAGUGGCAGAGCUCAGUGGAGAUGGGGCUGAUGAGGAGGUAGGGUGUUUCAGGGGACACCCCUCCUUCUCCAACUUUUCUGGGAAAAGGAAACCGUGAUUUGCUUUUUGCUCUUUCGUAGCUUGCCUUUUCCCUCAAAAGUGACAGCGUUAAGCAUGCUUUGAGUAAAUUUAAGACUUGAAUCAGAGCCAGGUUAUAUUAAAUCUCUCUUUCUCCUUGAUAGGAUUUCUAGCACUGUGUAAAACCUCUUGCAGAAUGAACAAGCAUUUUGAAACUGAGUGUAAGGUCAUCUAGCUUGCCAUCAGACAUGUAAUAUUUACAUUAUUGGCAGGAGAGCAUGAACAUGCUCAGGGUGUGCUGCAGCCUGGUUGUUCACACUGACAGGCCACACUAAGUUCAAUGGAACUUUGUCCCAUGCAGAAGUGUUAUAAUUUGAAUACAGCAUUCCCCACCCUCACCCCACCCUUUUAAACAUUUAUUUUAAAAUACUGAAUAAAGGUAUAACCAAUGGGGCUGUUGCAUAUCUUUGAGACCUGGGAGCACCUGUAGACCUCAAGCCUGAUCAGACAGGGUGACUUUUUAAUGUCAGGGUGAAGACAGACACACAUUCAAAAGUAUGGUGGAACUUACAUUCCCUGCACCGUGGGGCAUUUGUUUUUCAGGACAGAGGUCUAUAUUCAGCAUUGCACUAAAGAGAUUGUUCCAUUUCUGCUUGCUCAACAGUAUAAUGCCCUCUCUCUGUGUCCUGUUCUGAGGGUUCUCCCAACCCUCUGGAGCAGAUAUGGGAAGGGUUGUGGGGUAUACACAGGGGGAGGAGAAGGCCUAGGUUGCUAGCAGAAAUCCUUGCACUGGCUCCUUCUAGCGCAACAAUUUAGAGAAUGUUGUUUUGGUGUUGUAUUUUUACGGUAACUUUUAACAUCAGUUUUCAAACCAUGUACACCAUGCUUGGAAUGUCUCCGCAUUUUCACACUUUGCUUCUGUCUUAACUACAGAAGAAAUCAGAAGCUGGAAUUUGUUCUGGGGGUAUGAUGCUAUUGAUUUUUUACUAGAAACUGGAAGAAGUUCUGAUUUCAGUGGUGCAAACAAGUGCUUAAAAGGCCCAGUAGGAUUGGUGAGCAAUGGAAAAUGGAUGUAAGAUGCAUGUAGAGGAGUGAUGCACUUCAACAUGAUGUUGUCUGAAAAGUGUUUUGUGUUUGCAAGUAAUAGUAGAAAUUAAAAGAGUUCUGUAUAAAAUCUGUAUUUCUGUAUCCACUUGCUAUAAUUGGAAAUGGGACUAAACUGUGGUAAGUUUUUCAGCAGAACAGUCUGUUUGUUUUAAAAAAAAAAAUCAGGCAUCUAGUGCUACUAGCAAGUUUUUUUGUUUUGAUUAAAUGGUAAGUCUGUAGUUUAGAUGUGAAACAUUUGAAGAAGAAUAAAUUCUUGCAGGUGUGAAAUCCAUAGACUAAACUAGGUGGUAUUUCUGAGCAUGAAAUAACAAAUAAACUUGCAGUAUUUAGCUUCUUAGAUUAGAAAAAAAGAGAAAUAUUUAAUCUAAUAAAGGUAAUGAAACUGAACAGCAGCAAAAACUGUCACUGCCAAAAACUAAUUUGGCAGCAUCCUGGAGCCCUCACGCCUCAUUCUCCGUACACUGGUGCCUCACUUAGCAGGCUUUGGGGAUGAGGUGUGACACUGCCAGAGCCCUUGUGCUACCUUCUGAAAGCCCAGUAAGCAAGGAAAAUCCACUGAGUGGGGGAAAUAAAUAAAUGGAUAGUGGAGAAUGGCGAGUUUCCCACGUUCUUUUUUUAUAUAUAUAUAUUCCCUACCCUUGCGAAGCUGUGGAUGUAGGAAAGUAGCAUAAGUUUACUGUACGGUACCUCAGGUUACAGACGCUUUGGGUUACAAACUCCACUAACCAAGAAGUGGUUGCUCCAGGUUAAGAACUUUGCCCCAGGAUAAGAACGGAAAUUGCACACCAGUGGCGCAGUGGCAGCAGGAGGCCCCAUUAGUGAAAACGCGCCUCAGGCUAAGAACCAUUUCAGGUUAAGAAUGGACCUCUGGAACGAAUUAAGUUCUUAACCCAAGAUACCGCUGUACUUACUUGUGCUUGGUUUUUGUAAUUUAUUACAAUGAACGCUCGGGUUGCGAACGUGAUCUUCGCAACCCGCAGCGUUCACAACCCGCAGCGCCGCAUCUGCACACAUGUGGGUUGCUAUUCGGCGCUUCCGCGCAUGCACAAAGCACGAUUUAGUGUUUCUGCGCAUGCGCGAGCACCGAAACCCAGAAGUAACCCGUUCCGUUACUUCCGGGUUUGGUGUGGUGCGCAACCCAAAAACGUGCAACCUGAAGCGUCUGUAACCCGAGGUAUGGUACUAUGAAAUGUAAACCACUACGAUGUUGAUUAUGAUGAUGAUGAAAAGAGUAGAACAUCUUGCCUUUUCCCACAUAAAUGCUAUUUCUAUAAACAUUGACCCUGUACGGCCUACAGGAAUAGCCUCUCCUCCGGCAUGCAACAUGCCUCUCGAUAAUUUUCAAUAAGAUGGCUGAUAAAAACUCACUGCAUGGAUAAUUUAUUGCUUUUGCUACCUGUUUCGUUUGUAAUUUGUUGUUAAUUUUAUCACCCUGGGACUCUUGAGUGAAAAGCUGAUUGUAGAUGCCUCAAGUAAAUAACACGUAGUACUAACUGAUGCUAAGUAGCAACAGCAGAAGUCCUGUGCCCAAGAUCGCCCAGGAAGGUCCUGGCUGGGGUUAAAUUGUUAGAGGGAGUUUGUUCACUAUGCUAGCACAUGCAUCCAUGCAUAUUUAUUUGUUAUCGUAUGAUUGGUUAUCUUUGUUUGUUUGUUCUCUAGACCGCCAAAGCAUUUGUUCCAGCCAUGGUAGCUUCUAAUCAUGGACAUGUGGUAACUAUUUCAAGUGCAGCUGGCUUAGUUGGCGUUACAGGACUGGCAGGUUAGUACACAUCAGAUGCACCGAUGAACAAACAAAAUACACAAACCACAGAUCCUUUCAUCUCUUUUAGACGUGUGGUCCAACAGGUGGAUAAACAGGGGCUUCUCUGAUGUAGAAAUAGAAGUCUCACACAGCUAUAUGGAAGCAACUGGGGAGAGCCAAGAAUGAUCUGCUCUUGUAGAUGGCACCAGUAAUGAUAGAUUAGAUUGUAGGUCCAGAGAAGUUGGUAGCAGAAGCAGUUUCAUUAAAUGUUCCUACUAAGGCUAGCAUGCCAGGUGAUAGGUGCAGAUAGGCCUCUGAACACUGAGUCUUCAGAUUAAUUGUCGUAUGUUAGCGUUAAGCUACGAUGGGUAGCUUUGGCAGGAAUAGAAGUUAACUGGGAGAUGGGAACCAACAAAGGAAAUACUUUACCAAAAAAGGACAAUGAAGAGUGUAACUCAGAGGAUGGGGAACAUGUUGCUCCCCUGAUGUUAACUCCCAUCUGUCCCACCCAGCAUAGCCAAUGGUCGAGAAUGAUGGGGAGCUGCAGUCCAGCAACAUCUGAUGGGCCACAGGUUCCCCCAUCCCCUAAAUGCAUGCACUGACAAGGCUGCAGUAAAUAACUGAGGAAUGUGCUAGCAGUCUGAAGAAAGCUAGAAGCUUUUGAAUGAUGAUUGUGGAGAAAUGUUAGAACAUUACAAAUAAUCAUUGCCAGUACCUGUGUUGUCACUUGUGCAUUGGGCCAUAGAUGUUUGUGCGGGAAAGGAUCUUGCAUAGGGAAAAUGGUGUACAGUCAUACCUCAGGUUACAGAUGCUUCAGGUUGCAGUUUUUCAGGUUACAGACCGUCGAAACCUGGAAGUAGCGGAACAGGUUACUUCCGGGUUUUGGCGGUCGCGCAUGUGCAGAAGCCCCGAAUCGCAUGUGCGCAGACACGCAACUGCGGGUUGCGAGUGCUGUGGGUUGCGAACGUGCAUCCCGCACAGAUCACGUUCGCAACCCGAGCAUCCAUUGUACAUGCAAGCAAACAGUGGCAUAGCGUGGGGGGUGCAGGGGGAGCCGGCCGCACCGGGUGCAACAUCUGGGGGGGGGCCGCGCUAAUCCAGUGGAAGAGACUCGAGUGCUAAAAUCCACGGGUUAGGGGGCGCAAAUUACUUGCCUUGCCCCGGGUGCUGACAACCCACGCUACGCCACUGCAAGCGAAGAGCCAAUCAAUGGCACAGGUGGCUUUCAAUGUGUUCAUAAUUUUCAAAUUCAUUCCCAGUAAUCUCUGUGUUAGUCCUAGUUCUAUAGAAAGUUCUGUAGAAAAUCAGACUUAAACCAGGGAGCCCUGAAUUCAUAUCCUUACUUAGCCAUGAAGCUGACCAUGUGUCACUGGGCUAGUCAAUCUCUGUUGAUGUAAUCAUCCUCAUACAGUUGUUCUGAGUUCAUUCAACAUUACUCUCUAAUCAGUUUAAAAAAAAAAAAAAUACCACCUAUAAUUGCAUGAGACUGUUGAAACCAUUAAACCAGGAUUGCCAACUAUUUUGCAUGUAGGCCAUGUCACAAAAGGUCCUGUUUUUAAUACAUUGCUUUACUCAGAUAUUGUCCUGCUGCAAUGUUUCUAGAUCUUUCCUCUCGUUUCACAGAUUACUGUGCAAGUAAAUUUGCAGUAGUUGGCUUCGCUGAGUCUCUAGCUAUAGAGAUGUUGGCAUUGGGAAAGACUGGUGUUAAAUCCACAAUUGUCUGUCCAUUUUUCAUAAACACGGGAAUGUUUGAUGGCUGUCAAACCAAGUGAGUUAACUGUUUAUAUAUUUGUGUCCAUAUAAUGUUAAAAUAAUUGUAUAAGAGAAAUGCUGAAAUGGUGAAGAUUGAUUGAAACAUAACCUAAGGCCUUGGAGAGCCACUGUCAUUUAGAGUAGACAACAAGGGGCCCAAAAAAAUAAUCUGCCCUAUUAUAAGGCUGCUUCCUGGGUUCCUGUAUGCUCAAAUCUGCAUGAUAUACAUAAAUUAAACAGCAGGUUCGCCAUAGUAGCAUAUAUGCUCUGAGAGAAGUGGCACUUCUUGAAUUUGUGCCUAUUGUGUCACUCUGCAUUUGACGGAUAACUGUUGAGGAUGGCAUUUUAUUUAUUAAGUUUCUAUCCAACCAUACCUUCCAGGGCAGUACACAGCAAAACAAUAAAAUAAUAUAAACAAUAUGCAGUAUAAAAGUAUACUACAGUCGUACCUUGAAAGUUGAAUGGAAUCCGUUCCAGAAGUCCGUUCGACUUCCAAAACAUUCAGAAACCAAAGUGUGGCUUCUGAUUGGCUGCAGGAAGCUCCUGCAGCCAAUCGGAAGCCACGGUAGCCCCAUUGGACUUUUGGCUUCCAAAAAUAGUUUGCAAACCAGAACAGGUUUGCAGCGUUAGGGAGCCAAAACGUUCAAGAACUAAGCUGUUCAAAAACCAAGGUAGGACUGUAUUUAAAACCAUUUAAACUAUUUAAACUAUUAAACAACUUUUAAACAUUUAAACGAGAGGGAUAGCUCUGUUGAUAGAGCAUGAGACUCUUAAUCUCAGGAUCGUGAGUUUGAGCCCCACGGUGGGCAAAAAAAAUCCUGCAUUGCAGGGGGUUGAAUUAGAUGACACUUGUGGUCCCUUCCAACUUUACACUCCUAUGAUUCUAUAUCUAAAAAUUUGCAGCCCAGAAGAUCCUCCUGUCUCCAGAGGUGGGCCAAUCUAACUGUUCCCCCCUCCUCUACAGUGAGGAUCAACCACAGGCAAUCCAGACUUCACCACAGAAUGAUCUGUUAAUGAUGGCAGCGUGAUGAUCUCGAUCUCCCCCCCCCCCCGUCUCUCACACAAUCACUAGUUCUUUCCCAGUAUCCUCUGUAGCAAAUACCAGAUCUAGGUAUGUGUGUCAGCUGUUCAAAGUGUUAACCUGAUGGUCAUGGCAGCCAUGAAGUCCUGAGUGGACCCAAGCAAAGGGUACUCAGCAUGGGUAUUGAAGAGACCCAAGACUCGUGUCCUGGGAUUCUUUAACACCAUACUGUCUCCACCAGCUCGGUCCUGAAGAUGGUUGGGCAGUGGGGUGGAUGGUAGCACCCACAAGAUCCCUGUCCUGCCUCUGUAGCCCGACAUCAUGUACAAACCCAGAUCCCAGAUGGACUGGCCUCCUAGCCAAGUUGUGGGUUUUUUUGUGGGCUGACCCAAUGUUUCAAAACAAUACCAUCAGAUAGGACAGAUCAACUUGGCUACUGGGGAGUGAUUAAGAAGGGGCUAUAUAUGUCGAGUCUCCCACUCUCUUCUAUGAGGAUCUGUUUUUUCUCCACCUGUAUACAGUCUCAACCCUCACGCCAAAUGAUAGAGGUCUUCGGAUGACAGGUCUUCUCAAAUAUUUGCCCUGAAAAAAAUGCCCUUUGAAAGUAAUAAGGGGAAAUCAUAUUGAAGAAAGAAUAAAUGAUUUCCCCCCUGUUCGGAAUGGUGCUGUACUAGGCAGCAGUCUUCAUAUCUGAAACUCAUUGGUACAGGUGAUAACUGUGGGGAACUCCUGACCAUUGAGAAGUUCUCUUACCUGCUUUAUCUCUUCAGGUGGCCACGGUUCCUGCCUGUUAUGGAUCCAGACUAUGCAGUUGAAAGAAUUGUCUCUGGUAUUCUGCGAAAUCAGGUGUAUGUCUACAUCCCGCGUAGCAUAACCCUUUUGAUUGCACUGAAAGGGUAAGAAUGUCAUUUUCCUUUUGCAUCCGUUUUUCGUACAUUUCUUUCUUGCUCUGAAGCCUGGCAGCAGGCAAGAGAACUGUUAGGGCAUAAAAAUAUUUAAAAUAUUAACAGAUUGAAAAGGGUCUUCUCAGUGAUAUGGGGAAAUCUAAGCAUUGUGUUUAGAGGCAAAGCAGCAGGCAAAUGAGUACUAGGAUCUCCCAAUUCUUUCAGAGAGUUUUUGGUAUAUUCAUUUCUCUAUUGUUCCAAAUCUCCAAUCUCUGGUCACACCUGGGGCAAUAAGGUCUAUUGUCUUGUUAACGACCCACAAUGGCUUUCUUAGGUGUUAUGUACUGAAGUUCUCACCCUGGGCCAGCAGGGGGAUACUGUAGAUAGAUAGUUCAGGUCCACAUAUGCAAAUAAGGGAUCGAAAGUGACAUUCAGUGAUUGGAUAGUUACAGAAAAUGAUUACUGUUGCGUUCUAGUGGAGCUCUAUAUAAGCAGGCUGGCUGAACGCUUCAGUUCAGUCCUGUUCUGGCCUGUGAAUAAACAAGAGCUGUUUGAAGAAUCACUGUGUCGUCUGAUAUGUUCACCCACAACUUAACAUUAAGGGCCCUAGUUUGGCCAGGCUACCCAGGAAUUCCUUUCACAGUUUAUAUUCUCCCCUUGUAUUACAAAUAACCCAAAAUCCUAACGCUUAUUAAUUUCAGUGUUUAGGGGGAAACCCGUCCUCCCCCAGUUUUGUAACAGUAUGAUGCAGCUGCUUCGGACAGCAAGGUGACUUGGGACAGAUAUGGGUGGAAAUGACUUACUUUCACAAGUGUCAGUAGAAAUCUGAAAGAAAGGCAGGUGUUAAGGCAAAAACUCGUCUGGCAAUUUUUACUCUUAAAAUCUUGGUGUGACAAACUACCUUCCCUGGCCUUGUCCACAGGCCCCAAAGAAGGCAGGAGGAGUGACUUCAGGACCAAGCUAUAUAAAAAUGGUUAGGACUCCAAACACUUUACUCAGUAGUUGUGGAAGACGUCAGUUUGCUUGGGCAAAGCUGCAGGGACAGUUAACGCAACCCGCAUUCUCCAUGCUUUGCUAGGUAAAGGUGAAGGGACCCCUGACCAUUAGGUCCAGCCGUGGCCGACUCUGGGGUUGCAGCGCUCAACUCGCUUUAUUGGCCGAGGGAGCCGGCGUACGACUUCUGGGUCAUGUGGCCAGCAUGACUAAGCCGCUUCUGGCGAACCAGAGCAGUGCACGGAAACACCAUUUACCUUCCCACCGGAGCAGUACCUAUUUAUCUACUUGCACUUUGAGAUGCUUUCGAACUGCUAGGUUGGCAGGAGCAGGGACCGAGCAACGGGAGUUCACCCCAUUGCGGGGAUUCGAACUGCCAACCACCUGAUCGGCAAGUCCUAGGCUCUGUGGUUUAACCCACAGCGCCACAUCAGUCUCUAAAUCCUCUGUCUUUCCUAACAAUGCUCUGUGACCUUGAAGGGGGUGGGAUGAUACAUAGGUGUCUGAAUCCUUUUUCCCCCCUGUGAGAAUCCAAGCAACUUGAGUUGGGGAGGACCUUAAGUUCUAGAAAAGCAGGAUGGGGAGAAGCAUGCUAGAUAGACCACAUGAUGUGGCAGCUUCCUGCUGCAAGUGAAUACCUCUGGAUUGUGAAAUGUUGCACUGAAUUUAUUAUCUGGAAAGGAUUCAAGUGCCUUUUGUGGGAGGGGAAGAAAAUAUGCAGGUACUGACAUGAGAUAAAUGUAAGGAAUAGAAAGGUAUUAUUAUUAUUAUUAUUAUUAUUAUUAUUAUUAUUGCAUUAUUUUUACAUAUGUCUGAACGCCUGCUUUCCUGUAGGAUUCCUGUCUCUUCAAAAUCACACAACUUUUAGAAAUGAGCAGGAGAAGCUGCCUUUAUUUCUUUUUAUAUAUUUGUUUAGAAGCAUUUCUAAACUAGUCAGUAUUUUAAAAUGCCUGAGUGGUAUACAAAAAUACCAACAUAAAAAUGAUAAAACAGACAGAAUAAAUAUGCUUCUGUCCUUAAUUUUUGACAGUUAUGCUUCUCAUAAUAGCUGCCUUAUAUCCCUGGAAGAGAGAAAUAGAUGUCUGUAUUAUUACUUUUCCCACAAGGUGUAACAGGACCUUUAGAUGUAUGGGCAGGAGCUGGAUCAAGGGAGUUGUGUGGAGGUGAUGAGCUAAAUGAAUGGCAUUUGAGUAAAAUAUACUAUUUCAGGAGCUCUAAUCUUCUAUGCCACAUGUGUUUUGGUCCUGAGGUGCAAAAAAAGGGAGACAUAAUAAGUAAGGGCUGUAUAAAAUGAACAGCAGAGGGAGAAGUUAGGUCAGGGGUCAGCAAACUUUUUCAGCAGGGGGCCGGUCCGCUGUCCCUCAGACCUUGUGGGGGGCCAGACUAUAUUUUGAAGGAAAAAAUGAAUGAAUUCCUAUGCCCCACAAAUAACCCAGAGAUGCAUUUUAAAUGACACAUUCCACUCAUCCACGGGCCGCAUUUAGAAGGCGUUUGGGCUGGAUCUGGCCCCCGGGCCUUAGUUUGCCUACCCAUGAGUUAGGUAGUUCUUGUGGUUUGUGGAGGGUGUGGUUCUGGAAGAGAAAUGUGUGACAGGUACAGCUUUCUUUCUUUUUCCUGCUUCUGGACGCCCAAGACAGCUGUAGCCAAGAAAGCCUUUGGCUCACUCUGGUUGGUGAUUUCCCUGCAUCUUAGUCUGGGCCGAUCUUACUUAGCCCCAGUAACAUGUGUCUUGGUUACAUCAGGAUUGGAUUAACAUGACAGUGAUGCCUUUGAAGCGUCUCCAGAAAGUUUUGAGAAUGCAGCAGCCAGGGUUUUCAGAGCAUAUUGUUGCCCUUCCUGAACACCUGCACUGAUUACUGUUAAGUUUCCAAGGAGCAUUCGGAUGUGCUGGUUAUUAAGCCCUACAUGGCAGGGGUCCAGGAUUCUUAAGAGACUGCCAUGCCACCCUGCCUGUGCUCUGUUGGGAAAGUUCUUCAGGCCCUGCACAGGCUGGUACACACAUGAAAGGCUGAGGGCAUGUCUUAGUUGUGAAUCUCUUCCACAGGAAGGCCCUCUGCUCCCUCAACUUAUUUUGGCUCAUCUGGUUCCAGAUGGUUUUGUGUUGUUGUUAUUAACCUGUCCAGGUUAUGUAUUGAUGCUUGCCUUUUUAAUCACCUGCCUUUUGAUUUUCCAGUUCUGUGGCAUGUCUGUGUGUUUUUAGUUUGCUUUAAUGAACUUAUUGUUGGACACCUUGAGCAUUAUGUGCUAGUGGAAAGGUGGGAAAGGAAAUAAAACAAUGGUGCCAAAGCAGAAGAGAACCUCAAAGUUUGACACUCAUCAUGCCUGUGUUCUUUCUUUCUUUUUCCCCAGUUUAAUACCUACAAAAGUUGGUAUGCUUCUCGGAGACUAUAUGGGGUAUUUCCAUUUUAUGGAGACAUUCACAGGUCGUGCAAAUAAGAUUGAAGACAAUAAAUCUCAGUAA